UAAUAUAGCGGCAUCAACUGUCAAAUCGUUUUGACAAUUGAAGUGACACUUGGUGCACAAAUUGCUAAUAUUUAGCAACAGGAGCUAAGUUCCCAAAACGAAAGAGCGUUAAUUCUCACAAGAACUUCACAUACUCACCUUUGUUUAUUACUUCAAGAGUUGGUUUGAGUGUCGAUCGACCACCAGCGAACGCUCGCAGCAGCCGCCAGCCCGUGCUAGAGGGCGAAAGCCUUUCCGACCAUCCUUGUGCUGUUUUUGGUGCCUAGUGGGUGUAAAGUGUCAACAACCCCUUUUUGUUGUGCCGUGCUAGAAUAAACCCACAAGAUGCCUGCCCCCGCGCCGCCCGCCGAGCCGAAUGGCGCGCCGCGCAGCGAGCUCGAGCAGCUCCAAAUGCGCCAGGGACAAGUCACCGAUGAUUCAUUGGAGUCCACCCGGCGUAUGAUGCAACUAUGCGAGGAGAGUCACGAGGUGGGCAUGAAAACCCUGGUCAUGCUGGAUGAACAGGGCGAGCAAUUGGACAGGAUCGAGGAGGGCAUGGACCAGAUCAACGCGGACAUGCGCGAGGCGGAGAAGAAUCUAUCGGGCAUGGAGAAGUGCUGCGGGAUCUGCGUGCUGCCCUGCAACAAAGGAGCCUCGUUCAAGGAGGACGACGGCACGUGGAAGGGCAACGACGACGGCAAGGUGGUGAACAACCAGCCGCAACGGGUCAUGGACGAGCGCAAUGGCAUAGGUCCGCAGGCCGGCUACAUAGGCAGGAUAACAAACGACGCCCGAGAAGACGAGAUGGAAGAGAACAUGGGCCAGGUGAACACCAUGAUCGGUAACCUUCGCAACAUGGCGCUGGACAUGGGCUCCGAGCUGGAGAACCAGAACCGCCAGAUCGACCGCAUCAACCGCAAGGGCGAAUCGAACGAAACGAGGAUAACGCUGGCCAACCAGCGGGCGCACGAGCUCCUCAAGUAGACGGCGGCGGCACACCACACAACACACACGCGUCUCGUGGUCGCGGACUAGUAUAAAUAGCCAAACGUGUAAACAAACUUAGUCUUAGGUUACUUACACACUUGCGGAGGCAACCGCAGCAUGUUUCCACACUGUAACUUGGCGGUUAAAAGCGUACGCGCCAUUGCUUAAGUUGACUUUGCGGCCUGCCUCGGUUGCAUCCGCGAGUGCUGGAUAUGUUUCCAGUUCAAAUCGUUCUAGGUUAGUUAUUCAUUUGUAUUCGAUUUUGAUAAUGGAAAACUAAAUUGACACAUACCUAACCCUAAAAUAAACCAUAACCUUAAAAAACUACAAGAACUGGCGUGAAAUGUGUACUAAUCUGUCAAUGUUUUCGAAGACUACAAGAUUUUGAAGAAGAGUUACAUCUUUGGCUAUUUCUAUUGACAUAAUAUUAAUAUACUUUACGCGAGCUAAGUUCAUGUUGCGAAUAGGCGUAAACGUUAAUUUACAGAUAUACUACUAUUUUCCAUCGACUACACUAGUCAAGAAAUCGUAUCAAAAAAUAUAAAGUCUAAAACGUUACGAUUAGUAUUUAAAACGGGGUGAUUCGUGUCAUAUCCCGUUUUAAAUAAAUCAAGAAAAAUAUUCCAAAGGGGCAUUCCACAAAAGGUCUACUUUUGUCGGAGACGUGACGCGCAUGGCAGCUGCCUUUAAAGCUGCUUUAUCAAGCAAAGCUUUAUCAGAAGUUAGAACUAUUAUAGUUAAUAAUAGCGUCACGUACACCCUUUCUGGAAUGCCCCAAAACUGCAAAUUGCGUGUUUUAAACUACCGCCUUAUUCCUACUGAUGUAAAUUCUAGAAAUGGCUUAAAUUUGAAUUGACGAUACGCGUUUCUAACACGGAGCAAAGUAUCAGAAUCAUAUGAUGAGUACUUUGAACAGCUGUCAGUGAAGGCGAUAGAAAGACACUAGAAUUAAGUGAAAACCCGCCAAUUCGUGACACAAAACGCUCGCUUAGCCGUUGUCACUUUACACAAAUCCUCCAGGUUAGAUUAGAUUUACAAAGCGGCCAAUAUAAGUCGUAUUUAGUUCCACUAUUUUGAUACAUUAUUUGGCGGUAGUGUCAUUUUGUGAGGCUAUUUAAAUGUGGAUUUGGGACUAAAUGUGACUUGAUUUGUGUGAGGUGAUGAUGCGUAGUCGCUUUCUGUCCACCGGUUGCGGGUACUGUAACACUGAUAUUUGUAUUAAUAGAUAUUCUGAAAGCACAAAUAUGUUCAUAUUAGUCUUGUAAACGUAUACUCCAUUAUCUACAUAGUAAUGUUGAAUCUUACGCACUUGAGGUUCUAGCAGUGAUCACUAUGAGGGCCGAAUUUUAUUUUUUGUAGUUUUUUUUGUAAAUAGCUGCUGUCACCAUAUCAAUAACAUUAUCUCUACUGACAGUAGCGGACUAACUGACAGAUACAAUAUGUAGUAGAGAACCUCCAUUGAUUUUAAUUAGUCUUCUUCGCAUUUAAAUAAGUGGUGCUUUAUUUUAUCUGUAGUAUAAUUUACGGUUUUAUCCGACUAUGUACUACCGAGCAGUCCCGCAACCGGUCUUAGAUAUAACUUCGAUAUUUAUAAUAGUAUCUUUAAAUGUGGAUACCUAAUUACCUACAUUUACCCAAAUGUAAAAUUGUUAAGAUCUAAUUAUGUGUACUACAAUGCUUGGGCAUUCUACUGUGUUAAGUGAACACUGUAUUUUAACUCUCAUUUUAUACGUUUAGUUUUCUAUCGCUGUACUACUAUCGCUCAAGAACUAUCUUACAUAUCCUAAAAACUUUCUUUUUUACACUCUGACAUGUACUAACUUUUUGAAUCUUGAUUUUGAUACUUCAAAAAAAUAUACAACAUUUGAAUCGUAUGAUAAUGAUCUUUGGUGCUCAUUUUAUACAGUAGAUCUGUGUGCUGAAAGAGAAUUAUCAUAUAUUCAUAAAUAUAAUCUUAAUCUCGUAUAACAAUUACAACAUAUAAUAUACCUACUUAGUAAGAGGCGUUGAAAGUUAUUAUUUUGAGAUAAUGCAUUUACCUGUUGUUAACAAAUAUCAUAGAGCUAAUGUUACUGUUAGGAAUAUGCUCGACGCUUACAAUUGAAGUGUUUCAAUCACUACUUAUUAAAAUGAUUUCUGUAAUACAGAACUAUUGUUACUUUUGACACUGUUUAAUGAUAACUCGAUAUAUUUUCUUGUUAGAAGAGGACGUGUAAAUGGCAAUAAUGUAUGGAAGGCUUGGUUUGAUAUGUGAUAAUAGGUUGAAUUAAGGAAUCAGUAUUUAGCCACGUUUCUUAUAAACUUUUAUGGAUCUGAUGCGUAUCAGAUUCUUUUUAUAAUUUCAUAGGAGCAUUUAUGUAAUUUUAAAAUAUUUUAGAUCCAUCUAUUUUUCGUAGUAUCAGUAUACACGGAGCCAACUAUCAGACGUCAGUAGAAGCUUAAUGGACAUAUCCUUGUGAGAUGACAUAUCUGCUUCUAUGGAAUUCGGCCAGUCAGUCGAUGUACUAAAUCUAAUAUUAGCCAACUAUUAUAACUACGUAGUAAAUUACUCUAUUAAUUAUUUUCUAUUUAUUUUAUGAUUAAAUAAAAACAUUUUAAUUUCUAAAAUGAUUUUGUUAUUUUCCUUUACAAUUAUUCUUUAGUAUCUUACUGUCCUAUUGGUAGGCGGGAUGUUAGAAGUAAAAGGGAUGUUGAUAUCUCAAUAUACUUUAAGUACCUACUGUCGAAUAUAAUUUAUUAUUUUUAAGUAGAGCGGCAGAACAAUUAAGUUGAAUCACGCUCUUAAUAUUUUUGAUGAAAUUAUUUAGUAAUUUUUUAAAUCCAAGAAUAAGUCAAUGUAUAAGCACGUUUCGAAGUGCAUUCAAAAUGCAUACAUAUAAAAUGUCGCAGACGUUUUUCUCUCAAAAUAAUUGUGACUAUAUAUAUAUAUAUAUAUUUCAUAAAAGUAAGGACCAACCAAAGUGAAUUUUGACAAGACGUGAUGCCAUGAGUCAGCCCGCUCCUGACUUGGCAGUACGACAUCAGUAUUCUUACGUGCUUGGCGCGGAUGCGUGGGUCCGUUCCGCUUUCGUACAUCUGCGCCAAUCGGGAAGAAACACUGCGUACAUACCGAUACCAUACCGCCAAAGUCAUUAAAGCGCAUUAUACUAUCAUACAUUUUUCUGCGUCAAGUACUUUUAAAUGUUUUUCCGUAUACGUCAUACCGCGCCUCAAAGUUUACAGACAAACUCUAAAUGCGUUCCAUAACCACGAGACGCCAACACAUGAACACACACAUGCAAACACAACAUCGACACGUCGGUGCUGACUGGCGAGAGCAACGAAACGCGCAUAGCGGUCGCGAACCAGCGGGCAAACAAGCUCCUCAAAUCUUAAGCGGCGUUAGAAUACCCGUAAAAUGACGCUUCGACAACUGUAGAUGUAAGUAUAUGUCAUUAUAAAUCCGAUACAAUGUGCCUGAAGGAAUCGUUUGGAUAGAUGCGUAAAUGUUCAGACGGAAUGUGUUUGUUCCCAAAGUGUUUACUAGAAUUGAACUGCAUAAAUAAACUUGAUGAGUCAGAUUUUGUUCUUUUUGGUAGUUUAGUAUUUAAGAAUCGUAUUGCAUGUAUCGAGCUGGUAAAUAUUUGGGGAACAAGCAAUUUGUGUAAAUAACUUGCAACAUAAAAGUGAAGAUAUAGUAAUUUUGCAUUUUAAUUAUGAGAUAGACAGAACGUAAAUAAGUGGUUGAAUAGUGGGUUGUGCAAACUGAUUUAGUCUUAAAUAUGCGAUAAAAUUGUUACAAGGGUAUACAACUAAUAAAGUAAUGUUGCAUUGUAAUAAGCAUAUAUCGGUUACUAAACGAUAAUAAAAGGCGUAAAGAAGAAUGAAAUGCUCGAAGCAAAUAAUUAUUUAUUUAAUUAGUAUUGAAGUAUGAUCCUGAGUCUGUAAUGCGUAGCUGGAUUGUAGAUAUGUAUCAGGGGUUUUAUCCUCAUGCAAUAAAUAACAUUAACACCAAUUUCAAUAUCUUCCUGCAAAGUUGUUCGAAGCGUCAUUUUAAUGUUCAAUACAAUUAUCUACUUAUAUUUUAUCAUUAAACGCGAAGUCGAUUCGUAUUCGUAUAAUUACUGCAAUGCAAUAAUUUUUCGUAAUAACUUUAAAUAGUAGGAAAUUUACAGUACAAUGCAAUUUGACUGCUGGAUAAUCGUUCCUAGUCUCCGCCUAGUCGGAUGUUAGAUGUUCCCACUGGCUUACCUAGUGACAAUUAAUCACCUACUCCAAAUCCAUACGCAGGUUUUUGGAAGGUGUUCUAAUGAUUAUAUCGCCUAAGAUAACAGAUUUUCAAUAAAUCAAUCUCAGGUUUCCUCUUUGCAUAAGGGGAGACACAUUCACAAAAGAUUGCUACAGGACUUGUAGCAACAUUUGUUAUUGAUAGCUAAGUUUUAAAAUUGUAAUGUUUUUUAUUAUAACUUUUAUCACUUUUGAACAUUUGCCCGACUGUUAAAUUAAAUGUUCUGUUAAAUUAAAUCGUAUUUCCAUUAAAUCUCGAGGUUGUUUUAUGCGAUAUAUGCACACCCAUUUUAAAUCAGAUAAUCUAAUGACCGUAUAUUAUUUUACGCGGUAAAUCCAGCCCGCGGACAUGUCCCCUACAUUCCGUGAUCGCAUGCGUUCAACGCUGCGUCUAUCGUAGUGUUGGUUAAGACUCAAGUCCGUUGAGUCCUCUGCUUUAAGACUCGACUCAAUUUCAGACUGAGUCCUUAUCGAGACCUAAGUCUUUUGUCAAAGAGAAUUCCCUAAUUAUGUACAAAAGUUUUCUAAAAGGCAAGGUCUCCACGUUAAAUUCAUGGGUGUCGAUUUUCCUUUGGUUUAUUCGUAGAUAAAACAUAUACAAUUAUUGACGAAGUCUUUAUUCGAAAAUUCGAGUCCUUUUAAGUUGCACUUAAUAAACACAAUAAAGGACACGACUCGGGACUUAAAAACCUCGAAAGUGUUUUAAGCGAAGAGUCGCGUAAUAACGACUGGAGUCCUCAAAUUUAGACGAGUUUUUACCAACUCUAGUCUAUCGCAUAAAACAACCGUACUCUUAAAAUAUAAGGCAGUUCGAUUGACGCCAUAUCAUGAAUUGGCAGGAUUUAACACCUUAUAAAUACGUCUAAGGUUAGACCGAAGGUGUUUUUUAAUAUCAAUGUUUUGAGCAAACCAUACCUUCAGAUCAUAUUUACGCUAUAUAUUUUAAUAUAUAGACCUGUAUUAUUUGCCAUAUAAUGAUAUACCUACUACAAUAAUGUGCCAAAAUAUCACAUGUUUAUUUACCUACCAAACUUAAACUUCUGUCAAAAAUCAGCAGUGAAAGAGCAAUGAAGAUUACGACCAUAAACAAUAUUUUUAGAAAGUUAUUUUUACGCACUUCACCGUUAUGUGUACUUUAUAUUUAAUGGCACAAAUGUUUUUCAAUCAAAUGGUACAUCAUUCAACGGGUGAUUUCAUGUAUCUUAAUUAUACGUACUAAAUAACACCUAGCUAGACCGAGGCGAAUCGGUUCAGACUAAAAACAUUGUUAAUAUUUAAAAUAUUGAUUAUGACUCGCACCAUAGGCUAACAGAAGACAUGUCCAGCGCUAUUUUACUGCACUCAUAUCAAUGCAAUAUUUCAAAUAUCAACGGAUUUUUCAUCUUGAUCCGAUUCGCCUCGGUCUACUCUACAUGACCACUUUAUGUAUGAAUUCCACUCAUAUUGUAUGUAUGCAAUGUUGCAGCUCGCUGUACUUUGGUAUCUGUGUAAAAUAAAAUAUUUUUCACCACACCAACUGGUAAAGGCCCUCAUGACUCAAAAACUAAUGAGAAAGUUGAAUUUUGUCCACAUGUCCGCCAAGUAAUUAAAUGCAAAUUUUGAGUUGUUUCCUAUGUUAGCUAGUAGAAUUUACUUUUAAAUGAUGAUUUUGAAUAUAUUUUUUUUACUACGUUCAUUUUGAUUUGAUUUGAUAGUUUUCACGCGUUGGUGCUGUGAAAAAUUUUGUGUUUCAUUCGGAGGCAAAGUUUCUUUAACCCUCGUGCCUUAAAACCCUCGCAACGCUCAAGUUUCCACUUUUUGAAUCACUCGCUACGCUCGUGGUUCAAUUUUGGCAUCUUUCGCUUGCUCGGGUAUCAAUAUUAGCACAAGCGGUUGAACAACAACAUUGCCCCCAUGUAAAACAAUUAACUAUGAAAAAAUGUGAUCGAACUCCCUCUAAGCAUCUUUCCAUGGGAAUUGACGCAAUUCUAAUUUCGUAUUAAACUUACGUGAUAUAUUUAAUUAGUAUUUCGGUAUAGAUUUGCUAGCUAGCGCCUGUGCAUUUAUUAAUAUGUUUGUUAAAUCGAUACGCUGCUUUUCCCUCAUUAAGGUAACCCAAUUAUUUAAUAGAUUAAGAUAAUGGUGCCUGUAUUAAUUCUUUAUUAAUUAUUAUUGUAGUAAUUUGUUUAGAUAUUAUUACGUUUAGUAUUUAAAAUAAGAUCCCAUCCCACAUCGAAAGUAAUUCUUUAGGUAUAAUUUUGAUGCCAGGACCUAUAUUCUAGAGAACGAUGGACGGGUAGAUAAUCAUUGUUGUUCAUUGCUUCCUUUACUGAUACCUACAGUAUUUAUCGCACAAACGAUCAAUAAAGCCUCGAAUUCAAUAGGGAACAGAUGUCCUACGAAAAUGAGGAAAGUAGUGCGAUAUGAUCGGUAACGCAUUCAGUUCCAAGGAACGAUGUAUUGUGCAACUUUGCCAGAUCAUGGCAUUUGACUAUGGAGGGUAGAGGUAAGGAGAGCAAUCUAUAUGUAUGAAAAGUGUCCAUCAAAAAACCUUAAAUAGGUGGCGCCACAAUACAUCGACCAAUUUGUUUGACUUUGAUCAAAAAAUUCUUAUCACUGACAGCGUACUUCACUCCGUCAAUGACGUCUAAGGUCAUAUCAUGUCAGCUAGCUGCCAGCUGGUCACUUUUUCAACAGUUUUCCCAUAAGAGAUUAUUCUCCUUACCCUCCAUACUUUUGCUAAUUUGACGUCGUGAUUUGUCCUCUAAAAAAUGUACAGUUUCAUAAUAUCAACAACUAUCCGUCACGUUUUAAACUUGUAAUGUGAUUAAAACAUACAAAUAUUUUACGAAUAGUUGAGCAUUUAAAACUUUAUCAAAUUACUUAAAGUAUAUUGUUAUAACUAUAACGUGUACCGGCCUUAGGAGAUAGUGUAUCAUAGGUAUGUUAAAGGCAAGGCUUGACAAAAUAUACUCGUGUACCAGAUAGCGAUAAGAGUUUUCGAAAUUUUCUCUAUGUCUUUUUCUCUCAAUAAUGUUAGUUAUAAGUGUACUUCGUGCGUCCGGCCGUGUUGCCGUCUUCUAUCCGAUUACUUAUUAAUUAAUUCAAAAUGGCGUCUUAAACUCUUCGCUUAUUUCAUCUCAUAGAGCAGAGGCGUCUAAAGUCCGCGCGGAUCCAGGUGCGCAUUUCUCGAACGUAUUAGUCUAAUAUUAUUAGUGUGUUGCCCUGGUAAUUCUAUACUUCACAGUUCGUGGACUAAUAAUGUUAGCCCGAGAAAUGGGUGGCCGUGGCCCUGGAGUCAAAAACUUUGGAGACCCCUGUCAUAGGGCGUCCGCUAGCUGGCGCGGUUGCACGAAACGGGUGAACGGCGCGACGGAUUUUACCUACAAAGUCUCCCGCGCCAGCUAGCGGAUGACCGUAGAGUAUAAAGCGAACCCCCCUGAAAAUAAUUACAAUAGCAAUAUAUUAUAAGAGGGACGCUUGCAACUAUAAGGUUAUAUAUAAACGAAGCUUUUGGGACGACAUUUGGAAUACCAAUGUUAAGUAAUCGGUUUAUAAGUACAGUCAAUGUCAUUAAUAUGUGAGCAAAUAUCGGUGCAAAUAUAUCCAAGCUUAUGUUGCUGACAGCAGCAGUACCAAUAGCAUGAUUGCUUUUAUGUCUUCCUAAUAAAAUUCCAGAAAUUUUCGUUUUAUUUUUAAAUUUGGAACCUUGACAAGUAAAUUUUAUAAGUCUCGGGAGUCGGGAGAUUAUAAUAGCCGACAAAUUAUUUGUCAAUCUCGAACAUACCAUCCUCGCACUUUUCGGACCUGGGGACGUAGCCAAGAUGGCAAUCGUUUGCACUAUAACAACGAAACGCUAUCUGUCUCUCUAUCUCACUUAUAUGAACGAGUGAUAGAGAUAAAUAGCGUGUCGUUGUCGUAGUGUAAACGAUUGUCAUCUUGGCUAAGCCCUCUGUCCAUUCGUAAUCCUUAUUGCAAAAAAAUAUGGUCAACUAAUGGUCAGCCAAAUGUGUUGCUUCACUGCCAACGUUUUCGCAACGCUACGCUCAUAGCCGUUCCCAGCGGUUUCCCGCUUUGUAGAGGAAAGCGGAUACGAAAAGAGAACCCGCCAAGCGAGUGUCCGGCAAUCAAAUAUACUUGUUAAUGUGAAACGAAUAAUCAUUUCAGACUUAAAACCCUUUGUCUCUGUGCUAGUCUGAACUUUUACAGCGUGGCUUACGUGGGCGAUGACUUCGCUUCGCGUCCGCGAGUUAUUCGCUCAGGUAAGACACUGCCUUAUCAUCGGGGAUAGUGUAAUACCGUGUAAGCGCCAAGUAACAAAUGCAGUAAGGUCCAAUAUCCUUGUAAAUUGUUUAAAUUUCGAACUCUUUCGAUUUCUUAGUUGCGCGGUUUGCACUAUUUCUGAUGUCGUGUCAUAUAAUUGUGACGUACAGGUAUCUUAUGGCGGUCGGCGCCUACGCUGUUUUUAACGAUGCUCCAAUACUAAUGCGGUGUACGCGACGUAAGCGCCAACCGUCAUAAGGUACCUUUUCCCAUGAAACGUACGUAUUUCGAUAUUUUUGUACCGAUUUUCUCUCUUGUGUAAAUAACCUCGACUGCACACAUAUUUUAAUGAUAACCUAAAUAUUUUAUGAUGUAUUUGUCGGCUCAGACCUAGACCUGUGUUUGUAAUGGCUACUCGUUUUAUCCAAUGUGUAUACAUUUACCGCCUGCAUAAACUGUAGGUUUUUAAUAUGCCUAAAAUAUCGACUAGGUAACUAGAUAAAAUAUAUUUUCUUUAAGAAUAGAAUAACAUAACGGAUAGUAUAAAAAUGUUAAUUUCUAAUUACAUUAUUUAUUUGUUAAAGUA